AUUGCCUAAAGUUUAGUUUUGAUUUUGGCGAAAAUCCAACUAAAAAACAACUUUUAGUAAUUACCAAAAGUCACUUGCGAAAGUCUGUACUGCAAAAUUCACAUUCCCCUCUUUUAGAGUGUAUAUUGAAACAAGAUGGUGAGGUUAUAAAGGCCCUUCAACAAAUAAUCGAUUAUAUAGCACCAAUUAGUCCUCGUGAUUUUAUUGAUACUGAGUUAUUAUUACAAGAAAUUGUCGAUGGUCAUGAAACAGAUGAAUCUUUUAUUGGAAUACAGCAAUCGAUUUUGUUUGAUCAAAUUAAUGCAAAUAAUAAUUGGUUCGAUGAUUUAGAAUGGAUAUCCGCAACAGAUUUUACGUUAAUUGAUGAUUUAGCAUUGUCACCCGAUAAUAUAGGUAAUAGUAACAAUAUUGAACUUAUUACUCUGCCACCAAAUAAUAAUAAUGGAACCAUUAUAAAUAAUAGUCGUACGUCGUAUCUCGAUAGAGAGAUUAAAAAUUUAAAAAGGAAGAAAUUAGUCGAUUCAACUACAAAUGGUAAACGUAAACGUUUUAAAGCAAGUGAUAAACAAAAAUAA